UAAUGGAACAGCACUGGUUUCUCAGGAAAGAAACGGCGUAGUUAAGCACGUUAGUGUGAAAAUGUUAACCAUUAAUCCACCGACAGCAUAGAAGAAUGCAAUUUUUCCACUCAAUUUAAAAGCCUUCUGCACAUCUUUGAGGGAGCAGAUGCAUCACAUGGAGACGGGCUCGAUGGCUGACAGACAGCGUGUUUCCAUGCUCGCCGUAGCUCUCGCAUUGGUGACACUAAAAACAUUUACGCCAUGCUUUGGGGCAAACGUAAAAAUUGGUGUACCUGAAAACUACGAUGGAAUUUUCCCAUGGUACUUAGCAAAGCUCCAAAGCCUGCCAAGCAAUUACAGCGACCUGGUGGUCACAGGGGAUGAUGAGGGGAUAUUUGGAGUCGAUGCAAGCUUUCUGUAUGCUGUAAAACCACUGGACAGAGAGAAACAGCCAACAUAUUCUCUGCAGGUGUCCUUCCAUGUCCUUGCAUCUGUGCAGCAUCAAAGCUUUACUCUGGAAGUGUGCGUCAUCGACAAGAAUGACAAUGUGCCCACUUUCAUCGAGCAGAGCAUGAGAGGGAGCGUACAGCUCGGCCUUCUAAAAGGAAUCCCAUUCAUGCAGGUCGAAGCGCUGGACCGUGAUGAUCGUAACACCCCCCACGCUGAGUUACGUUUCAACCUGAUGGAGCAGACACCCAGGAUUCCCUCCAGUCAAAUGUUCUUCAUCAACAGUGUCAGCGGGGAAGUUUCACUCACUGAUGAAGGGGCCUCCACUCUGGAUCCAGAGAUGUGUGGGCGGUAUAAGCUCCUUGUAAUGGUAAAAGACAUGGCCGGAAAGGCUAAUGCUUUCUUCUCCACUGGCAUUGUUACUGUUGAGGUGACUGGAAACACCUGGGCAUCACCUGACCCUGUACGACUGCAAGAGAACCUCCCAGGGCCCUACCCUAUCCCUAUCUCACAGGUUAAAUGGAGUGGGAGCCAUGCCAAGUACAGUCUGCAGGGGGAGUUUCCAGAGAUGCUCUUCACCAUCAGCAGAGAAGGAGUCAUCUACCUCAACGCUCCUUUGGACAGAGAGACACAAGACCAGUUCCAGAUUAGUAUCGUAGUGGAGCGUACAGAUGGCAGAGAGAUUGCCAAGCCUGUGGAGUUGAGGGUAAUGGUCGGUGAUGCCAACGACAACAGGCCCACCUUUCCACAGGCACAAUAUCAUGCUGUGGUCAAAGAGUUAUCCGCUCGAGGGACAGAAAUUCUGACAGUGCAGGCAGCUGAUAAUGACGACCCCAAGACAGACAACGUGCGGAUCUUCUACCGCUUAGUUGGUCAAAUUCCAGAAAGUCCUCGUGCCCUCUUUAGAGUUGACCCUGAUUCAGGAGUCAUCUCCGUGCAAGCAGACAGCAUGGAGGGCACAGCACCCCAGUACACGCUCACGAUCACUGCCGAGGAUGCCAAAGGUUUAAACAGUUCGUGCACUGUGGUUGUGACGGUGCAGGAUGAGAACAACAACCCACCGGUCUUUUCACAACAUGAGUACGGGCCCUUUCACAUCCCGGAGGAUGCUCCCACGGGCACCACGGUAGCAGCUGUGCUGGCAGGAGACGCUGACGUGCGAGGAGGAGACAGCUGGCAGGUGGACUACCGAUUAGAGUCUGGAAACGAGGAGGAUGUCUUUACAUUAGUCACAGACAAGCAGACCAAUGAAGUCUCACUUGUCCUCUCGAAGGUUUUGGACUUUGAGCGUGAGAGUGAGUACAUCCUUGUUUUAAGCGCUCAGAAUCCAAUAGCACUAGUUCGUGGACGCUAUGGACCUGCAUCUACUGCAACAGUCUCCAUCUAUGUUGAUGACGUGAAUGAAGGUCCAGUUCUGUCCCAGAAUCAUUAUGAAGUGACGGUCAGAGAAGGCGAGGAACCAGGGCGGGUUAUCGCCACUAUUCGAGGAUAUGACCCUGAUUCUCACCCAAUCAGAUAUUCUCUCCAGGGUGACACCAAGAAAUACUUUUCAAUCGGGAAAUACUCAGGUGAACUGAAGACUGUGCAAGCCUUAGACAGAGAGGAGAAUAGUACCUACACCAUGGAGGUCAUUGCAGUGGAUGGACGAAACUCGUCCUUGUCGGCCUCUACCUUGGUGACAGUGCAGAUCCUGGAUGUGAAUGAUAACAGUCCAGUGCUGGUUGGAGAUUACUCCUGGAAGUACCUGUGUUCACCUCGGCUGGAGGACCAAGCUCUGGUUCUGGCCUCCCGAGACAGUGAUGGGCCACAGCACGGAGGACGGCUCAACUUCUCCCUCCGCAGUGACGCCAUCGUCCGACGCAACUGGAAGCUAACACCUAUCAAUGAUACCCACACCAACCUGUCCUUAAAUGUUCCUUACCUGGCCCCUGAGGUCUACACGGUGCCCUUCACCAUCUCUGACAGCAGCUCUCCUCCCAGGAGCACUUUCAUAAACCUAGCAGUGACCGUGUGCACCUGUAACGUCAGGGGGAACUGUAAAAUGCCUGCAAAGCAGUUGCAGGGAAUGCCGACCAUUCAGUCAACAGUGGGUGUUUUUCUGGGAACUUUUGGAGUAAUAGGAAUCAUCCUCAUCGUUGUUUUCAUGAGGUUGUCCCCCCAAAACCCCAAACAGUCAAACAAAACUAACCAGGAGAGAGUUCCACUGAAGAUAUCACUCUGAUUAGCAUUAAGUCAUCAAUGCAAAUAAAUGGCUAAAGCCAGUUUGUUUUCUGGUCGACGAAAUGAAUAUUUGAAAAUUAAAGAAGUUAUUUCAAUGAGGAAAUGUGAAAGUUCAGCUGCACACUCAUAGUGUCAAAGAAAGGAAUGUAAUGUUCAUUUGUUUAUGAAGUUGUAUUGUUUAUGUUGUUGGGAACCUGUGUGUGUUGAUUGACUUAUGUGUUCUAAGUUUGAAUCUUUUCCUUCUGUAAAAUCUGAAAUCCUAGCAUUUUACUUUUACGCUGUGUUUCUGAUGCUAAUCAGUUAUUGUAUGUGCACAUUUGUCACUGUUUUCUUAUGAUAUUUUAUAGAUUAAAUGAUUAAUCAAUUUAUCAAUCACAUCAUC